GAUGCGGUUCCACAGGUAGGACCUGUACCUAUAGGAUGUGAGGCCCACAUGCCUCUGUGGGGAAGAGGCGCCUGGGGUGGAGCGAGAGCCUCUGGCAGGAGGAUGUGGGGCGGACGCCGCGUUACGAGGGCUACUUUGAGCCAAGGAGGGUUGUGGGUCCUUGUGAUCACCUGGAAAACUUGCACAUAUAGUUUAUACCUGAUUUGGAGAGGUCCAUUGAAAGGCGUGUGUGUGUGUGUGUGUAUGAAUGAGAGAGAGAUCUGUAUUACUGAAAUGAUUCCUAUAGGGGGUAGUCUGUUUAAGCAGAAACAACAAAGUAGUGUUGUGGUAAAGACUUAACAGAUCUCAUUAUGGUAUAAGCAUUGUGGCAUCUGAUGAAGUGGAUUCUCGUUUGCAAAAGCUUAUGCCGUAAUAAAAUGUGUUAGUCUUUAAGGUUCCACAAUGCUUGUUAUGUUGCUGAAGUACCUAAAAGAAAUAAAGGAACCCUUUAGGAAAAAAAUGUUUUCAUAAAGCCAUCUCUAUCCCCCCCCUCCCCGCUUGUGUGUGGAUGUUGUGUUAUGGGGUCCUGUAGGGGCUUCUGUGCACCUGGGGAGAGAUCUGGAGUAUUUCUCAUCAAUGGUUGGAAAACCCCUAUUAGCAUAUAAGUGCAUCUCUUAACUAUAAGUAACUUUAGAGUGAUAAGAAUUCGUAACGAAUUACUAGAGGAAUGUGUAGCUAGCUGUCAGCAUGUCUGCAUAUCUAUUUACUUCUUUUCUCUAACUGGUUUUGGUUUUUGCUAGUUGUGGGCAGAGACAAGGCAGUAAGUAGGCAGAGGAAUGAAGCUGCAGCCUCUUAACUAUGGGAAGGCUUGCUGGCUUUUGAGAUUUCAUUGGCCUUUAUCUGCACAGUUUGCAGACUUAAGGGCUAGAGACAUACAUCUUUGUUUUCUUUUCCAAAAUUGAAAGGGAAGAUUCUUAAGAUUCAGAAUUCUGCCCCCAGUGCCAGAUUUGCCUGGUACUAUAGCCAGUCACUGACUGUAAUGUACAUUACAUUACAAAAAGUACAUUGCAAGUCACACCUUGUCAGCCUUACAGCUGUUAUGUAGAAUACAUCAAAACCUAGUGAAAUCUCAAUAGCUUGGCAGAAACACAGGAAGCCAUGUUUUAUCAAAUCAGAUCAUUGGUCUGUCUAGUAUUGUCUCUACACUGACCUGUCAUAGCUCUCCCAAGUUUUCAGAAAGGAGUAUUCCUCUGUCCUACCUGGAGAUGCUGGGGACAAAACUUUGGAUGUUCUGCAUGCAGAAUGUGUGCUUUACUGCUAAGCUGAUUACAAAUUGAGGCUACUACCUAAGAUAUUGAAUAUCCCCUUUCUCCCCAGGGCUGAUGCUUAAAAAUUGUGUGUGAUCCUAGGAACUUGGAAUAUUUCUUCUGUUCUGUAAGGGACACAGUUAAUAUUGUACCAUAAUAGCUCAGUGAUUAUGUGCACAGGUGGAAUCCCUGUAUUAUUAUUUUUUCAGGUCUUGGGUUCAGGACAUGUUGAAGGCUUGAAGGUAGAAAAUGCACUUUGCCUGUACAGUAUAUGUGCAUUUGUUUAUAUAUUUACCGGUAUAAAAGCUGUCCAGUAGAUUACAACAAAAAAUAUUUAAAAAUCUCAAACACAACAUAGUUUUAAAAAAUGCAAUACACCAGAUUUUUAAAAAGAAAAAAAAGCAGAAAUUGAAAAGCUUGUUAUGUUAAAAUAUUUAUUAAGUCUUCAGGUGGUGUUUAAACACCAGCAGUGUAGGAGCGAAGAACAUUUCCUGGUGCAGGAGAUUCUGUAACUGCUUCCUACAUUGUCACAAACCCAAUCUCUUGAUGACAGCAGGAGAUGGAGAAGUGCCUCUCCAAAUGAUCUAAAUGGAUGUGCAAGUUCAUAAAAGUUCCAGGUUCAAUUCUGACUGUCAAAUUAUCCCUUAAUAGCAGGGCUAAGACAGGGCACUGCUUGAGGCUUUGGGAGAGCUACUGCCCAUUAGAAUAGACAGUACCAGGUCAGGGAAUAGAACAGGGGCCCCAAACUAAGGCCCGGGGGCCGGAUGCGGCCCAAUCGCCUUCUAAAUCCGGUCUGCAGACAGUCCGGGAAUCAGCAUGUUUUUACAUGAGUAGAACGUGUCCUUUUAUUUAAAAUGCAUCUCUGGGUUAUUUGUGGGGCCUGCCUGGUGUUUUUAUAUGAGUAGAAUGUGUCCUUUUAUUUAAAAUGCAUCUCUGGCUUAUUUGUGGGGCAUAGGAAUUCGUUCAUAUUAUUUUUCAAAAUAUAGUCCGGCCCCCCACAAGGUCUGAGGGACAGUGGACCGGCCCCCUGCCAAAAAAGUUUGCUGACCCCUGGAAUAGAGGCUGAGAGAUAAUGACUCGUCUGUGGGGAACACUCUGAGGCCGCAACUGAACUGGGAUUUGAAUUCCUAGGUGGAUUGGACCACAUUAGUUUAUGGUAACCUGAUGGCAAGGCUGUCCUUAAACCUUUGACUCUAGAAAAUGCUAAUAUAUCAAAUCUGUUAGUAAAUGUUAAUAUUGAACAGUUUGGUGACAGUGUUCCCUAUUGCUGACAGGGGGUGGGAAGGGGUUUUUCCAGAUGUUAUUAAGGAACAGGAUCCAGAUGUCACUGUAAAAAAAAAGUGGUCCUUUUGCAGGAGAAUUGCAUUUACGCAGCAUUCAAAACUAUAGGUGGGAAAUUGCCCUUUUUCUCCAUAUAGAGUGUCAAUUGCAUUUAUGUAUAAGUUGUUCAAUGGGCCUAGCUACCUGUUGGUCACUACCUGUGACAUCAAUCACAGUAAAAAUUAUCUCUCUUUCUUUUAAGGCCUAAUAAUAAUAAUAAUAAUAAUAAUAAUUUAUUAUUUAUACCCAGCCCAUCUGGCUGGGUUUCCCCAGCCACUCUGGGCGGCUUCCAACUAAAUAUUAAAAACAGUACAACAUCAAAUAUUAAAAGCUUCCCUAAACAGGGCCGCCUUCAGUUGUCUUCUAAAAGUAAAAUAGUUACUUAUUGCCUUGACAUCUGCUGGGAGGGCGUUCCACAGGGCGGGUGCCACUACCGAGAAGGCCCUCUGUCUGGUUCCCUGUAACCUCACUUCUCGCAAUGAGGGAACCACUAGAAGGCCCUCGGUGCUGGAUCUCAGUGUCCGGGCUGAAUGGUGGGGGUGGAGACGCUCAUGGUGGGACUGAGCUUGCUCAUCAUUCAAGUGCAGUAGCACUCAUCUAGCCCUUUAAAAAAGCAUCAUUGCCAAAGCAUCUCCUAUCUCCUCUCUCUUUGUGAACCGUCUCCUGCCUUCCUUGAUUUUUCUUUAACUUUCCAAAGGCUUGUGUGUUCCUCUCUCCUGUGGUUAAACAUCCGCCAUGUGUUAAAAAGAACAAACCAUGCCCAUUUCAUCCAGUUCCUUUGAUAUUAUUAUCCCCAUAUUGCAGAUGCCAGGCGACGCAAAGAGAAAGUGGCUUUCUUAUGGCCACCUAGCGAGUUCAUAAUGGAGAUCGAGAUUCGAAUCUUGAAUUUUCUGAAUCGCAGCUCAGACUCUUAGCUGCUAAAACCACACUUAAAGAAGCAAGGCCGUUUGCAUUAAGCUUGGCUGCCUUCUUCAGGCAGUCACAAAUUAGUGGUGGGGCCACUCACACACUGGGUACAUGACAGCAUUCAGUGCUGCCACCUUGGUCUGCAAAUGGGACCUUUCACUUGGGUACCAGAGGUUCAGGACUGUGUGUCAGUCUAGUUUUCUUUUAUCUAUGGUCUCCUCUGAAGCAGUUCCCCACCCCCCAAAAAAUAUCCUGUGGGGAUUGCACAGAGCAGUUUUGCAGAAUAAUAUAAAGGAUAUAUAAAAAUAUUUCCAGGGGGUGCACUUUGCAGGAUGCAUAAACACAGAGAUAGCAAAAGAACACUCCAGAAUUGAAGCCCAGUAAACAGCGACAUAAAUGUAGCGAAAGCCUCAGGACACUUGCAGUGGUCACUAUUCAUGAGGGUAGUGCCUCUAAGGCUGAACUUCUAAACAUGCUUUCAGUCCUAUUGGACAAAGUGGCCAUGACUUCCAUGUCAGAUUCAGCAUGGGAUCCAGCUGUCAGUCUUCUCCAGAUAUGCCUCCCUCCCCCAACACUCCACAUCAAGCAAAACCCAGUCCUUUGCAAAGCAUGUAGGACAUAUUCUGCAGCAAGUCAGAAGGCUGUUGGGGCUGCGUUAGGUAGGUUGUUAUGUACAGUGCGGCUAGAGAGAGUUUUAUUUCCCAAAACACUACAACUCAGUUACUCAGGCAAUGAAAUCAGUUGGGCUAGACACCAGAAAGUGUUGCUUAUAUACAACACAAGGUUCGUAGUUCAUCAGUAGGACACAUGUUUUGCAUGCAAAUGGCUCCAUGUUCAAGCCUUGACGUCUCCAAGCUGGGAAAGAGUUCUGCCUGGAACCGCGAAGAGCUGCUGCCAGUCAGUGUAGACAUUUUUAAGCUAGAUGGGCCAGUAGUGUCUUUGUAUAGGGCAGCUUUCUACAUGAAUCCCUUGCUCAAGGUGCAGUACUUCACAUUAACUGAUUGUUUACUCUAGAAUAUGCUCCACAAUCUUUUGCAGUGGUUCCUUGGCAAACUCUGGGGUUGUUCCUUGAAUGUAGAAAGUGUAGACACUGAGCUGUAUCAGUAUGCCAGAUGUAAGUAACUGACACGAGGCAGUAAAUAGCUGUUUUAUGACAGCCACAGGAACAGAGAAUACAAACCAAAAGAAACACCCACAACAAAAAACCAGAAGGAAUCCUAUAACUUGCAAUAGUUUCAGUAAAAGCCCAGGUUUGCCAUCUUAGAUGUUGGUGUCACCAUUGCCUAGUGCAAGGGUUUUGUUUUGGUUUUUAUUCUGCUCACCAAGCUGUUCCUGUCAGUGAGCAAAUCGCUACUGUUUUUCUUCCUUCUCAGGCUAUUGGACUACAGCUCUCAUCUUCCCUGAUCAUUGACUGUGCUGGCUGGGGCUGAUGGGAGCUGGUGUCCAGCAACCUCUGGAGGGCCACAGGGUUCUCCAUCCUUGGUCUAAGGUUAUCAGAGGGCCUGGCCUGGACUCCUGUGCCUUUAAUGGCAGCUUGAUAUGAAGAAAUUGGCAGGUGAAGCUUUUUGUAGUGUGAAAAGAAGCAUAGCCACCUGCUGAUGUUUGCAGAUGAACCUGCCUUUAAGGGCACUGGAACAUCGUAUGGUUAAUUUUCUUUAAAAUGCCCAGUUCUUCCAGUGAAGCCCUUCCUGCCCUCUUCCCCAGCUUGUUGUGAGAUUCUGAUUUCCCUCCACAGCAGGUAAGAGGAACCGGGUGCAUUUAGAGGUAUAGCUACCAUCUCCAGGUGAGGACCUGGAAACUCCAAAAAUUGCAAUUCUGCGCAUGCUUGCUUGGAGAAAUAAUUCCCUUUGAAUUUGGUGACGCUUACUUCUGAGUAGACAUGCAUUGAACAUUCCAGAGCUGGCUUUUGACCCAGGUCCCCUGCUUGGAAUAGGAAAAUGUUAGGAACUUCCUGGGUCACCCAAAUUCACAUUUAUUGUCUGUCUACUGAUGCCUCUUUGUGAAGAAAGCUUUGUUUCUGAAGGGGUAGGGUGGGAGGCCCAGACUCACAAUUACUUUGGGAGGGUGGAUGGGUGUGUGUGGUGGGAUCCUGCAGUUGACAGUAGAGAAUCAGGAAAGGAAAGACUUCCGAAGUUUUCUGGAGGUUAGGAAGCUGGAGGGAGGGGGAGGGGGGCAGAUGCCUACCAGGGUAUGGAAUCUUUGGGAGAGAAAUGGUGAAGAGCCUGGUAGGUAUAUAGUCUAACUCGGGCAGCACAAGGAAGUGAUAAGCUGGGCUGCGCCACUGCAAGUGUGGAUCACAAUUUUGAAUGCUCCCUUAUGUUUGUUUCAAAGUGGUAGAAAACUAGUAUCCAUCAGCAGGUACCAAGCUAGGCUAGAAUCUGUCUCCUCCUUAUCCCCCCCCUUUUCCACUGAGGGUAAACUUCAUUGUGCACUUAACCACUGCAUUCCCUCUCCCCCUUCCCCUGCCUGCAAAUCUAAAGUGGUCCAGUCCACUUUACUACCUCAGAAUUCUGCAUGAUUUUCCAGGGAGUGGAAAAUGUGUUGCAUUAGCUGCGAAUUUUGGAGAGAGAAUAGGGACUAGUUCAGACAUGUGAAUAAACCCAUAAACAUUUACUAGCUCAAAUUGCACAGGCUUAACAAUGGAUGUUGUCUGUGGGCAUAUUUUCAGUCUGGGAAGAAAAAAAAACACCAUCCUGCUUCCCUUUGCAAGCAUCUCUUCACAUACCUGCACUAGUGACUAGUGGGAUUGCCACCUUUCCCCCACUAGCAGGGCUCCUGUGCCUUUAAUACCUGUGUGACGAGGAGAAAUUCAGCUUUUCCUGAUGUAUAGUUGAGGAAAGCUUAACCCACUAAACUUCUGAUGGGGUGGCAGAUGUUUCCCUGCCAGGAAAAAAAAGUUACCACCCCCUGGUGCUGGGGUUUUGCUAGUCUAGGACAACUCCAUUGUCUGGGGAGCCAGGAACUAUCUCUUCCAUCUGCAAGUCCUGUACUUUUGCUUCAUUCCAGGCCUGAGUCCCUUAGACUGCAGUAGCCUUAGCCAGCCACCACUGUGCCUUUAUAGGUGCCUUGUGCUCCCCAGCUUGCUGCCUGACAUGGUGGGCAGCUGGGUGGGGGAGGAGGAAAAGGUGGGGCUCUAUCCCCCUGUGACUCAUGUGCUUUUUCUCACCUGCACAGGAACCUGGCUGGAAAAGAGAGAGAGAGAGAGACAGACAACAAGCGCCCAGGGGCCACUAGCGUCAACGCUCUAUAAAGUAUGAAGAGAGCCCCUCUAUAGUGAAGGAAACAUGGCAGACAAGAGGAAGCUACAAGGUGAGAUUGAUCGGUGUUUGAAAAAGGUGUCGGAAGGCGUGGAGCAGUUUGAAGAUAUCUGGCAGAAGCUCCACAAUGCAGCUAAUGCCAACCAGAAGGAGAAAUAUGAAGCCGAUCUGAAAAAAGAAAUAAAAAAACUCCAGAGAUUGAGGGACCAGAUCAAGACGUGGGUUGCAUCCAAUGAGAUUAAGGACAAAAGGCAGCUAAUAGACAACCGAAAACUCAUUGAGACGCAAAUGGAGCGGUUCAAGGUAGUGGAACGUGAGACCAAGACAAAAGCCUACUCGAAGGAGGGCCUGGGCCUGGCGCAGAAGGUGGACCCAGCCCAGAAGGAAAAGGAGGAGGUUGGGCAGUGGCUGACGAACACAAUAGACACCUUGAACAUGCAGGUGGAUCAGUUUGAGAGCGAAGUGGAGUCGCUGUCUGUCCAGACACGCAAGAAGAAAGGAGACAAGGAUAAGCAAGACCGGAUCGAGGGCCUGAAGCGGCACAUUGAGAAACACCGGUACCACAUUCGGAUGCUGGAGACCAUCCUGCGGAUGCUGGACAACGACUCCAUCAACGUGGACUCCAUCCGCAAGAUCAAGGAUGACGUGGAAUACUAUGUGGAUUCCUCGCAGGACCCUGAUUUUGAGGAGAAUGAGUUCCUCUAUGAUGACCUCGACUUAGAAGACAUUCCACAGGCCCUGGUUGCCACUUCCCCACCCAGCCACAGUCACAUGGAGGAUGAGAUGUUCAACCAGUCAAGCAGCACGCCUACCUCCACCACGUCCAGCUCCCCAAUCCCACCCAGCCCUGCAAACUGCACAACAGAGAACUCUGAAGAUGACAAGAAACGGGGACGAUCGACAGACAGCGAAGUGAGCCAAUCCCCAGCGAAGAACGGUUCGAAAAGCCUCCACAACCACCACCACCAGCCGCCUCCCACAAUCCCCACCAGCUACCCGAUGGGCGGCAGCUCCAGCACGUCGUCCUCGCUGGGGGACGGGCCUGGUUCCAACAGCAACGGGGCUGUGGCUGGCAGUGGGAACGCGAGCGGCAAAGCUAACCCUCCGGCAGGGCACGCACCCACCACCCCGACCCCUUACGCCCAGGCUGUGGCGCCCCCGCCCACCAGCACCAAUGCCUCUCAGCCCCGGCCUCCCAGCACCCAGCAGAACACCAGCAAGCAGAACGGGGCAACCAGUUACAGUUCUGUGGUAGCGGACAACAGUUCAGACUCCACGCUAAGCAGCAGCAACCAGGCAUUGCCUAAUCAGACGGCGUCGCACAACCCGCCCAGCGCUUCUGUCAAAGAGCCCAGCGCAGCUCCGCAGCCACCGAGUGGUGGCAACACCACUGGAUCCAGCCUCCUGGUGCCUCUGACUGCCAACCCUCCUGCCUCGCCCACGCCCAGCUUCUCUGAUAGCAAGCCUGCCCAGACCCUGCUCAACGGGCCACCCCAGUUCAGCUCCACAGCAGAGAUCAAGGCACCUGAGCCUCUAAGUACAUUGAAGUCAAUGGCUGAGAGGGCAGCUAUCGGCUCUAGCAUAGAGGACCCCGUGCCAUCUCUUCAUCUCGCUGAAAGGGCUGAUAUCUUAAUUACGAGCACGACCUCCCAGCCAGCCUCCAACCAGCCCCCCAUCCAGCUAUCUGAGGUGAACAUCCCCCUUUCGCUCGGGGUGUGCCCCCUGGGGCCUGUGCCUCUCACCAAGGAGCAGCUCUACCAACAGGCCAUGGAGGAGGCUGCCUGGCACCACAUGCCUCAUCCUUCUGAUUCAGAAAGGAUCCGGCAAUAUCUGCCACGAAACCCCUGCCCGACCCCUCCGUACCACCACCAGAUGCCUCCCCCACACUCCGAUACGGUGGAGUUCUACCAGCGCCUCUCUACAGAGACCCUUUUCUUCAUCUUCUACUAUUUGGAGGGCACGAAGGCACAAUACCUGGCAGCGAAGGCACUGAAGAAGCAGUCCUGGCGCUUCCACACAAAGUACAUGAUGUGGUUCCAGCGGCACGAAGAACCCAAGACCAUCACUGAUGAAUUUGAGCAGGGCACUUACAUAUACUUUGACUACGAGAAAUGGGGCCAGCGCAAAAAGGAGGGUUUCACCUUUGAAUACCGCUACCUGGAAGACCGGGACCUGCAGUGAUGACCUGGGGCCAGCAGGGGGUGCCAAGCCUUCCUUCCAGAGACAACUGCGGUGCGCUUGGGGCAGCAGCAAAGGAAGACCAACCAAUACACCACAUCACACCCCCCAUCCCCACCCCAUCAAAACCGUGGGGGAACGGGGCGAGCUGCACGUUUUUUAAAAAAUGCAUGCAAGUUUUAAAAGUGACCGCGGGACGGAGGAGGAGGGGCGGCAGUGGCGGGAUUCUCCCCUGCCUUUUCCUUGCUCUCUUCUGCCUGUAAUGCAUACGAAGAGGUCGGGAAAAAGGGGGAAAUGCUCUUCAUGUGCACCAGAUUCGGGUGAGAGAGUGGAGAUUAAAAAAGAAUUUGAGAAUCCCACCAAAAGAGUGACUUUCCCCCAAUCUACAUUUUUGUGUGUCUUCUAAAUUGGAGAAUUUAUUAUGCCCCUUCCGCCACCAAUUGCAGCAAACACCAACAUCCUGUCCUCCUUUGCCCUCCUCGCCAACCUCUCAAGUGCAGACAUCACCCACGAUUUGGCUGCCAUCAUAUGCCCGUGUGUGUGAGACAGAUGAGGGCACAGGGCUCUAUAAAUAUCCUCAAUAGUCAGAAGUGUUGGGAACAGUUCAGGGUGACUUUGCUCCAACCUUUGCCUAGUUGUCACUGCUGGAAAUGGCAAAAAAGCAAAAUGACGUCAACUUGUUACCAACCAGUCAGCCGGCUGCCAGAAAGGAUUCCAGUACAAAGUAUUUUGUGGACUGGUACCUUCUGUUAACAUUUUAUAGGCUGCCGUAUUUUUUCACUUGCUUCUGGCAGGUGAUGAUGUUGCGG